UCUCCUCAACUGUUCUCUCUCCAAUAAUAUCAGUUUAUUUUCCUAUAUAGAAGUAUAUAGUUAAUUUUUUAUUUAUUUUUUUGUAUAUAAAACAGAAAGAAUCCUUUGGAAAAAUGAGAGAAGGAUAAAAGUAAAGCUUCAGAGCAAAAAAAAAAAAAAAAACUGAUUAUAGCAUAGUGCAAGAAAUGAAGGAGAAGAAGAAGUAAGUGCCCAACUGAGGAAAGGUCGUUAUUGUAGCUGCCUUUUUUGCUUAUUUUUAGCUUACAAGUCCCUCUCUCUUUGAAGAAAAAAAUAAAUAAAGAGAAAUUAAUGUGGCAGAGUCUGUGUUGAAGAAGAAAGAAGUAUUAGUAUAGUAUCAGUAAAGAAACUCAGAAGCAGCAAAGAAGAAGAGAGCAAAAAAAAAAGACUCAGUAGCUGUUCUGUCAUCUGUAUCACCAGUCAGUUAUUAGAGCAAUAUAGACCUAAAGUCACACAAUUUUUUUUUCUAUAGAUCUUUCUUCUGAAAAACGAAUUUCAGAACAAGACCCCACUUGUUAGUUUCUUUUUUCUUCAUUAAAAAAAUAAAUAAAUGUUUGUUGAAGAUUUGUUCACUUGAAGAAACUUUAUUUUUUUUAGUGAGAGAUUUCUUUCUCUAAAGAGUCUGCAGCUGUGGCUACUGCAAGGAGAUUGUUGCAGGGUUCAGAUUCUGGGGCUUUUGCAGACUGGGUAGCUAAUUCUUCUAAUACAUCAGCAGCUACUGCUAUUGGGGACCUCUCUUUAGGUUUCAACGUUGCUGGUGGUGGCGGUGGUGGUGGUGGUGCUGGUACCACCACCACCGCCAUAGGAGGCCAUAGUGGUAUGUGGUCUGCAUCAGCAUCGUCUAGACAGAUGCAGAUCAACUAUGGCCUCCAACCUACAGAAAUGGGUAUGUUUGUUGUACAUCCAGCAUCUUUUCACCAACACCAUGAAAACACAAUCAAUUUUGAUCCACAUGGUAAUAGUAAUGACAACUCCAAUCUCUCUAAUACAUGUACUACAAACACAUCUCUUGGUGUUGGGGUUGGUGUUAUCCCACUCCUCACAGCUACUCCUUUAUCAAACAUGGUUACAUUUGAUGAUCAAGAUUUGGUUAGAAAUAAUAGAGGUGGAAAUAAUGGUGGGUUUCAGUUCUUCUCAAAUGAACAACAACAAAAUUCCACUACUAAUUAUACUAAAAAUAGCACUAGUAGUAACAAAAUUAUUCUUGGAGGUGGGGGUUCAAUUUCAUCAACAACUUGUCAAGAUUGUGGUAAUCAAGCAAAAAAAGAUUGUACACAUAGAAGAUGUAGAACUUGUUGUAAGAGUAGAGGUUAUGAUUGUAACACACAUGUAAAGAGUACUUGGGUACCAGCUUCAAGAAGGCGUGAGAGGCAACUAAUGGGUGCAUCAACAACAACAAAUAGGAAUGUUGUAGCAGCUGGAUCUUCUUCACAAUCAACAUCAAGUGCUAAGAAACCUAGACUUGUCAAUUCUCAAACAACUACAACAGCUUCACAUACUUCUACUUCAAAUAAUACACCUCCAAGAAGUUUUGACACUAGCUCCAGUCAUCAAGAUGCAAGUUUUAAAGGUUCAUUGCCAGGACAAGUGAGGGCACCAGCUGUAUUCAAGUGUGUAAGAGUGACUUCAGUAGAUGAAGGUGAAGAUGAAUAUGCAUAUCAAGCUGUUGUCAAAAUUGGUGGACAUCUUUUCAAAGGUUUCUUAUAUGAUCAAGGUCUUGAUGAACCAAAAGAUAAUAAUAAUAAUUUUCCAAAUUUAUCUGAUUUACAUUUGGGUGCUGUUGCUACCAAUGAACAUCUUUAUGCUGCUUCUACUAGUGGUGGUGGAGGAUUACUUGGUGGAGGAUCAAAUUAUGGUAAUCAAAUAAAUUGAUUAUGACCACUAUUUGUAACCUAAUUAAUUUUUGAUUUUUAUAUAAAAUGACAUUGGAUGGAUAUAUAACAUUAUUUUUUAUUACUAUUA